AAUCAACCAUGAAUAUGUUACACAAGGCUGGACUUGUUGGAAUGCCUAUUGCUUACUUCUUCACUAAACCAAAGAUGGCUCUCUGCGAUCCUGGAUCUCCCCAGGUUCCCCCUCAGGCGCCUCCACAGGCUCAAGGACCUCCGAAGCCAGCAGACGAACAAGCCGAGUUGCAGAAAAUUUUAGAAGAGAAUCCUUUUGCAGCGGCUGACCCCGAAGAAAUGGAGAGAAUGCUGCAGGCUGGCAACAAAAAUAAACUGCCGAAGCCUCCACAAUUCUCAAGGCUGACCAUUCCAAUUAAAAUGCUGACAACGUGCGAGGCUUUGGACGGAAUUAGGUUUGACUUCUCGAUGGGGCUAUCUGAAAAAUUCCAGUUGGGAGGAACAUGGAACUUCUCCAACACAAAGCCAUCAAACUUCUCUCUGAUGACAAUGUACUCUCCAAACAUGAGUCCGGUCAACCAAGAAGGAAUGAACUUCAUCAACUGCAAGAAAGACAUCAACGGAAAGAUGGAGCUGGUCGCCAACUACCACAUCUUGAAGGAUUUGAUCUUUAAAGCUGAAGGGUUCUUCCCAAAUGACAACAUGGAGGCAUCCCACAUUUCAUACGAAAUCAUGAAGGAGUUCAAGGACUUCCACGUAUCAGCAAAGACAGGAGGAGGUUCUUACAGUUUGAGUCUGAUGAAGACAUUCAACCGCGACUUAUUCGGGGGAUUCGAAGCAAUGUGGCAUCCUCAGAUUAGAGAUUUCAUUUUUAAUUAUGGCUUUAAGUAUAAUACAGGAAAUCAUACUUUGAUUGGACAAUAUAUUCCCAUUGCCAAGAAAGAUGCCUUCACACUAGGAUAUAUUAACAGAGCAUCAAAGCAACUCCACCUUUUCAGCGAGUUUAGAGGAGGAUUUGAAGGACAAAGUGAGACUGCUCUAGGAUUCAAACUCAGAUUUAACACCGGAAUGGUCACAGGAACUAUGAACAGCCAGCUAAAAAUGUCUAGCAGUAUACAAAUGAUGAUGGACCAAAUGAUUAUGACUAUGUUUAAUACUUCAAUGGAUUUCCAAAGGCCAGAGAAGCCAAUUACAUUUGGAAUCUCUCUAUCCAUUGGAGGUGGGAUGUAA